CGACGGCCGACAAUCGACUGCAUAUAUAUAGCACAUACCAUCGUACCGAUGGAGACACUCCGAGGUAUCAUCACUCCACUGAACUUGUUUCUAAUUAAAUCAUCACUCCACUCCGAUGGCCGACGAAGCCGAGCAAGCUGCUGCUGCUGCUGCUGCUCCCACCACAGCAGCACCAGCAGAUAAGGCACGGCCACGGCCGGCGGCGGUCGUCCUAGAUCCCCAGCUGUUCAUGGCUGCUCGCCGCGGCGACAGCGAGCAGCUGAAGAAGCUGCUGCAGCUGCGGAACGACGCCGCCGCCCAGCAACGAGGCCCUGCCGCGGCCGCAGCGACGACGGCGGCGCAAGUCAUCCUGGAGGUUGAUCGCCUCCCCGCUGCAGCUCCAUUGCUACACCUCCUCGAUGGGAUGACCGUCAAUUGGGGGGACUCCCUCCUCCACGUCGUUGCUGCCUGCGGCGACAGCGGCGACGGCAGCGAGGACUUCCUUGACUGCGCCAAGAUGAUCUACGAGGUCAGAAGCGGCCUCCUGGUCGCGUGCAACAACAAGGGCGACACGCCCCUGCACUGCGCCGCCGGCGCCGGGAACGCCGCCAUGAUCUCAUGCAUCGUUGGGCUCGCGGCGGCCGGUGACGAGAAGACGACGGUGUCGGUGACGGAGUUCCUGAGGAUGCGGAACAAGUGUGGGGAGACCGCCCUGCACCAGGCGGUGCGCGCCGGCAGCAAGGCCUCCAUGGACGUGCUCAUGUCCGUGGAUCCAGAGCUGGCCACCGUUCCAAGUGAGGCUGACGAGGGUAACACAACCUCACCGAUGUACCUGGCCAUUUCAUUGGGCAAGGAGGAUAUUGCAGGGCAUCUAAUCCAGAAAAGCAACGGCAAGCUUUCCUGCUCCGGACCAGACGGGCGAAACGUUUUGCAUGCAGCUGUAACUCGCAGAAAAGCGCUGCCAAGGCUUUUGGAUUUGUUCAAGUACGUGACUGUCCAAGUGCAACAAGGGGAAGGGGCCCGGCCAGUGAGCACUGUACGCCUUCUCUCGCAGCUGACUAUGCAACGGGACAUUGACGGUAGCACCCCUCUUCACUUGGCUGCAUCACUGGAUUUGUACCCUGGUGCCUGGUAUGUCUCCGAAAGGUUCGAACACAUUUGGCCAUGGUCGAAAUCUACAGCCACACUGCUACUAGAUGCCAACAUUGAUUCGGUGUAUCAACCGGACAAUAAAGGGUUGUAUCCCAUACAUAUUGCUGCCUUGGCCGAUAACCUCGACGUCACCCAGGUCCUGCUUCAGAUGUGCCCGGACUGCGCCACUCUGCAAGAUGGCGAAGGAAGAACAUUCCUCCAUGCUGCUGCCGGGCGAAGCCUGGUGCCGCGUCACCUUGUGGCUCACUAUGCCUGCAGACAGCCAAAACUCUCAUCAGUUCUAAAUGUGCAGGACAACAACGGGGACACCGCGCUUCACCAUGCCGUCCGUGUUGGAAAUCUGGUAGUCUUUAAGUUUCUGGUUCGGAAUCCCAAGGUGGAUCUCAAUAUACCAAAUAAGGAUGAUCUGACACCUCUUGAUCUUUCGUGGAGUAAGAUUCCUCGAAGUAUAUAUUAUCAAUCGAAUCCAAGAGUUGAAAUAUCGAGUACAUUACUGUUGGUGGGAGCUCCAGCUGGGGGAAGUCGUUCCGACCUCUUCCGUGAAAAAUAUAUUGGCGAAAUAGAUGAGAAAAAAAUGUCAGAGGAUGUGGCAAAAACAACACAGGCCAUGGGCAUUGUCUCUGUGCUUAUUGCGACUGUGACAUUUGCAUCAGCUUUCACAUUGCCUGGAGGUUAUUAUCAAUCAGCGAGCGACGGGGGUGUACCAGGGACGCCCAUUCUCGCUGGGAGCUAUGCGUUCAAUGCGUUUAUUGUUGCCGAUGCUUUGGCAUUCAUCUGUUCAUGUUUGGCUACCUUCAGUCUGGUCUUUGCUGGGGUGCCUUCCAUGGAGCUCUCCGAACGUCACAAGUAUACCAACAUUUCCACGAUAUUGCUGCAAGCUUCAGGAAGAAGCUUGAUGGCCUGCUUUGCGUUGGGGUUAUACCUGGUGCUGGCACCAACUGCUCAUGCCACAGCAAUCACGGUCUGUGUGAUUAGUUCUGGAGCUUUGGUCUUUGGAAACAUGGAUGUUUGGGCGAUGCUCUGCGGUUUAAACACGGCCUGUGCAAGAUUAGGAAUACGAGGACUGAUUGCAACAUGGUAUGAUUUUGCUCUGAUCGCCAGUGUUUCUAUGUUGGUACCCUUCACUUCCUUGAUAGUAAUAUUCGGUCUCCCAGCAAUGAUCAGCAAUCUGCACAGGACUCCCUCCAUUCCAAAAGUAAUAGCAGUUGGACUUGUUUUGAUUUACUUAUUCAGUGCAAUCGUGGGUCUUCCAGCAAUUCGAUUGAUGAUCCGGAUCUGGUCGUGGGAGCUCCGCCCCCCUGCGCGAGCGGCGCGGAAGACCGGCGGCGGGGAGGCGCUGCGCGGCGCGCCGGCGGCGGGAGAGGCACGGCGCGGCGACGAUGUAGCUGCUGAAGGUUCAUGGGGCCGGGCUCCAUGGUGGCGAAUCAGUUGUGCUGCGACGGGCUCCCCGGGGUCGACCUCCGCGAGCGGCGGCGGUGGCGGCAGCUCGGUGGCGGCAGCGGGCUCCGGAAGAUCGGGCCCAAGGAAUUUACUUCUGUGUUUUACAGUCUUUAGAAUUGGAGAUCAAUAUUUGAAAGGUUUGGCCGUGAUUGGAGUGGUAAGAUUGACUCAUCAGAACUGCGUGAUGCUCUUUCUCAGUCUGGGAUACUCUGUCUCUCCAACUGUGCUAGACCUGCUUGUGUCUAAAUUUGACAAGACUAGGGGCAAGAGCAGAGCAAUUGAAUAUGAUAACUUCAUUGAAUGUUGCCUCACCGUUAAGGUUCAGUUUUCCUGCUAUAUAUGUUUCUUGGUGACGUGCUGCGACUGUUCCUUUGGAUUCCUUGAUUGGAAGGGGUGCUGGUUGGCAAACAGGGUUAUCAUGGCAUGCUGCAGAAAAGUCUUCAAAACAGUUCAUUCAAGAUCUAUAAGGGUUGACAUAUACGACAUGCCCACUGUUUUUGGAAGUGUCUCCAACCAGACCAACCACAAUGACAGUGGGGUUUUUGUUCUACAACUUCUUCUAGCGUAUGAUGGCAAGACACAUUUCCACUUCAAAGAGGAGCAUGCGAAGCCAUUGCGUGAAUCUAUAACAUAUUAUCUAUGCAUUCAUGAGGAGAACGAAUUGAUCAUGCCAGAAAUAAAGGACAUUACAAGACAACAUCACAAGCAGAAAGUAACCGUUCAUCUACACGGCAAUCAAGGAAAAAGUUUUUUUGUCAGCUGCAAAAUUUUUAGUUCAUUUUUUUAAAUGUCAGCUGUAUAAAUAUUUGGUAUGCUAAACAAUAUUUGGAAAGGAUCAUAUAUCUUAUUCAUGUAUUUUUUUCGUAGUUUUUUUAAUGAUCUUUUUAUAUGUGUUAAUAAAAUUGAAACGAAACUUACUUUUA